UGAAACUGAAAUUUUUAUAUUAAUUUUAUUUCCACAAUCUCAUGAAGAACUUUUGAAGGAAAGGUCUGAACCGGAUGCUCGAUGAAAUAUACUCAUUUAUAAAUGUAGUAAACAUAUCUGCCGUGCUGAUGCAACUCUAUAUUGUUUACUCAACUCAGCUAACUGAACCCAUUGGGAGAGAAGGUCAAGGAACUUGUGCAUUUGACGGAUAUUUUGAAAAGGAAUUACAGGUUUGUCAGAAUAUUAUCGGGCAUGAUUCAGAUGAUGGAAGCUUACUAAUCGGAUACUCUGCAUGGCAAGAUAAACGCUUUGAUACUUUCCAUGCUAUAAUUGGAUUAGGAUUAACAGCAAUAUAUCUAUCAAUGACCAGAUUUAAUGUUUACUAUUGUGCAUGGAUAGAGACAGCUCCAGGAUUGUUACUUGGCAUUUUGUUCUAUUUUGCAAGAACUAGAGAUUUCUGACUUGUGAUUUUCAGAAUUUUCCAACAUGGAUUUUAUCUUUCUACUGAUAUUAUGAUGGCAAUCUUGAUCAUUAUCUAUGUCAUUGAUGGGCUCUUGUUUCAGCAUACUUUUGUUGGCGUGUGAUACUUUUAUUUGAGAAAAAUUAGAAUUGGGCGACCAUUAUUAGCUUCACUAAUCAUUACAUCAGUCAUUCUAAUGAACAUAUUUCAUAUAGUGAUUAGUAAGAAUUUUGAAUCAAUUUUAUCCUUGUUCGAAAAUAGCUUCUUUGCUAUUAUUGCUCAUAAUUCUUUACAUUUAUGUUUGCUUCUAUCUAGUAUUAAUUCAAGAAAGAGACUCGGGAGCACUCUAACCACUACAUCUUGCAUGUUUGAAUUAAUUUAUCUUACUCUGAUGUCUAUUGAUAUAAAUUUCAGUGUGAAUUAUUUCUACAUAUCUUCAAACCUCAAAAACACUUCUACUGCUCAAAUGAUAUAUGCUCUCUUCUUGAUCUCUCUGCACAUAUUCCUCAACUCAGCGUAUAUCUACCACCAAAUAUACCAUUGCAAGCAUUAUGAAUCCGAAUAUGCCCACGCACCCAUAACCCAAACACACAACUUCUCCAAAGACUUCACUCCAUUCCAAAUCCACAACUCCCAAACCCCCGACUGCAGCUACUGCCUAAACAACAUCACAGUCCCUCCUCUCGAAAGAGCCCUCCCUUCCUCCCUCGACACCUCCUUCCUUCCAAAGUACAGCCUCUCAAGCUCUACCACGUACAUAGAAUCUGACUGUCAUCACUUCUUCCACCCUGUGUGCUAUCUGAAACUGAAGAACACUACUGGUGAAUGAGUGAUUUGUGGCAAAAUGUUUGGAUAUAUUAUUACUUAGAAAUUACAUCGGGA